ACUUUAUUGCUAUCUAUAUAUAGGAACAUUUGUAAACAAGAUGUGAGUGCUAAUGAAACAAUUAAUCAUCACGUAUUUACUGAUAUGUAAACGUUAUCAUACAUAUAAGUAAUCGAGGAAAUGAAAAACCAAUCAGUCCCAUUAAUUUCGGAUAUCUAUUAUAUCUUGAUAUAAUCGAUCAAUAAAACAAAAAAUAACAAAUAAUGCCUGUUGUAACAGAUGUAUUGGAUUGGAAAAUUUUUCCUGUGGGCAUCGGUUUUUUAAUCUUAACUUUGAUGAUUAAUAAUUUAAUUCCUUUGUUAUCUGUAAGUGGAUUUGCGUUUCUAAGUUUUUCCCUAUCGUUUUGGUUUAUAUCAUUAUGUAUAACAUUUUUUUACUUACAUAAGUUAUUGCAAAGAAAAGUACCCCUCAAUUUAAUAAAACCUAUUAAACAUUUUAAAAAACAUAGAGGGGAAAUAAAACCUAAUCCUGAAAAACUGCAAGAAUUCACUGAAGAAAUAGAUAAAUAUUUUGUAAGUAAAUGGUAUGUGUUUAUAAGUCUUGAUGCGAAAUUUACUGAAGAAACUAGAUUCUUUAUUGAAGAUGUAAUUAAAAGAAUAGCUGAGAUACAGUCUUGUGUAAAUAAUAAAGCUUUAGCACAUGGAAUUUUUAAUAUAUAUUUGAAACAUUUGAAAGAAUACAGGAGAAGUUUGAAGAGGAAGGAAAAAUAUAAUGGAUCUAUAGAAGAAAUGUAUAGGUAUUCACACAUUGUCAGUAUGAACAAUAAAGUAAAAACAUAUUUUAUACAUCAACUCACAACGAAUACAAUGAAACAUUUUAUCAAUUCAGAACUCUGGAAUUCCCUCCCUUGUCAUGUAUUAGUAUCAAUUAUAGCUAGAAAAUUAGUAUUAUUAAUAUUAAACUUUAUUUCUCAACCUGAAGUUUUAAAUUAUAAUCUUCUCAAUAUUUUGGCAACUAAAGAAAUAAAGGACGAGUAUAAUUUAAGUAAUUAUAAUAGAAUUUGUAUCAAUCAGUAUUAUAAUGUAGUAGAUUCUAAGACACAGCAUACAGAUACUAAAGAGAUAGAAAUACCCCGUGAACAAAAAAUUAAAAGAACAACAACUCCUACUGUACAAGUCGAAGAAACUAUUAGAAUUGAACGAAAACCCAAUACAAAUGAACAGGAAAUUAAAAAACGAAAAAAUAGUGUGUCUCAGUAUAAGAAAUCUAAAAUAGUUAAGAAAAUCGAUAGUGCAGAAGAAGUUAAAGAAGAACAACAAAUGAAAUUAACAAAAUCUACUGUUAAUGCACCUGUGAAAAUCCACGAACCUAAAUUAACAAGAAGUACAAAAACUUAUGCAGAUACCAAAGACUUAGCCUACGGCAUAUCAUUAGGACAAGAUCCUCUAGAUGUAUUACCCGUGAAGAUAGAAAACGUCAGAAGUAAAAUAGAACAUGUUGAAGAUUCCGCCAACUUACUUUUAAGUGAAGUAAAACAUACUACUCAAUCUACAAUGGAAGGUCUAAAAAGUUCUAUAAAACCAAUAAGUGAUGCGACUGUACAUACACUUCAUAACAUCAAAGAUUUACAGGAAACUACUAUGAAUAAUGCAUUACAUAGAAUUGGCGAUUUUCAGGAUGAAGCAGCCGGUAUGGUCGAAGGUAUUUUAGACUUUGGUAGAGCUGGUUUAAGAAAAGGUCUUAGGCUAACUGGUCUACAAGAUAACAUUGAACAAGCUAAAGCGAGUUUAAAUAUUUCGCAAUCUAAUAAACAGGCAUCAAAAAUGAGAGCCAGUAAAAUUGCAAAAACCGAUUCUACUGAAAAAUCAGUAGUUGAAGAAGAAUCGGUUUGGAUGAACCCCUUACAGAUAGAUUCUCCUAAUUAUGAUGGUCAAAUAUUGUUGGAAAAACCAUUAGAAAAUCCAGACAGAGAAAAAAGAGACUUGGAUAUUCCUUCUAUAUCAAUGGAAGAACCUUCGUCCGGAACAAAUACUCCUGAUAUAGAAUACGAAGAGACAGCAGACUUAGCGUCAAGUAUAGCUAAGUUAAGAUCUCUCUUACAGCAGAGAUCUUCAGAAUCUAGCAUCUCUACUCCUGCUCUCAGUCCAAUAUGUGUACAGUCGAAAUAUAAUGGUUUUAAAUUUUGGGUUGCUGAUAGGUUACAGUUUUUCCAAUCUAGGCCUCCGGAUGAUUUGACACAGAAACCGCUGGAAGGUGAAAGUACUGUCGAAUCAGAUGAAGUCGAUGGUAUGAUUCCAAGUUUUUAUAAAUUUUGUGCUAAAACAGCAACUGGAGUUUUUGACAAAACUAUCCAUUCUAUCAAGACUGCUCUACCGACUCAUGUACCUGGAUUGGAACACUCGGAUAAUGCUUGGAUUUUUCUACAAACGGACCAAACGGAGGUUGAUGUUUUAACAAGGAUGAAAAAAUUGUUAAAUGAGAGAAAGGAGUAUUGUACAUUAGAUUCAGAAAUUGACACAGCUUAUGAAGCUAUAGACUCAUUAGAUACAUUCCAACAAUCUUUAUUUUCGUCAAGUUUAGAAUUUGAAGAUGAAUUAGAUGAAUUCGAAGCCAAAUUGCCUAUCACUAAAACUCUCAUAGACAUAGCUUGCGAACUCUUAUCAGACACCGAUUCACCUUUUAUAACGGAACCCGUAAUAAAAGCUAUUCUACUCAUAGCUGGAAACGCCAUUGAAAAUUCCUUGGUGGAUAAAAUGGAUCAAUUAAUGGAGGACCUGUGUACAAAUUUGUUAACUCUACCAGAAGUAUCUAAUAGUAACGAAUUAAACUUGGAAAUGGAUAUUUUUGUUCAGUUGAUACUCGCAAGUAUACCAGAUUCCGUUAAAGUUGUUUUUGGAAAAGAUGUUCUUCAAAAAGUCAUCAGCCUAUUAGUUUCUUCUAUACAAAUUCAGAAGAUCAACCAAGAUGUUAUUUUACAAAUUUUUGAGUUGGUUUCGUUGAAGCUUAUAGAAGAGAGCAGUCGUCCAUCUCCACCUGCUUCAGCUUAAAUUUAUAUUUAUACAGGGUCUUACCUAAUUCUUAUUGUUCUCAUAGCAUUUAUUGAUUUUAAAAAUUAAAUAUUUGACUGUUACUGACCUGUUUUAGCUGUUCACUAUUUUCAUUCUGUUUAUAAAUAUGAAAUCAUAUUGAAUAGUCAGAAAUAUCUCCAGUAGAAUCUUGAUUUUGUAUUUUCAAUAAACUUUCCAGUUAUAAUUUGAUCUCAAAAUGUACCUUCUAAACUGAUUUUUUGAUUUCGUUAAACCAAUAAUUUUAUUUUUUGUUGAUUAUAUUUCUAGCAAAAAUGUUCAAGAAUUCAUAGCUUAAACAUUUGAUAUAUUUUUGGAAAUUUGUAUCGAAAAGCUUGUUUUGGUUAUAAUGGAAAUGGCUUUCUAAUUUGGUUUUUAUAUGGAACAAAUUUUCAUCGAAUUCUUAUAAUCUACGAGUUUAAUAUAACUUUUUACUUCUUAGAACUUUUUAUAUGUUUUGUGACGUUUAAGUCUUGAUUUUAACUAUAUUGGCCUCCUCGAUAUCCUUAACUUCUAAAUAUCAAAAUAUAUACAGCAUAGACAAUUAAUUUCAUUUCCAAAAUAACCAAUAUCCGACUGUAACAUUGUACAUUGCGACCUCAAGGUUUGUUGCUCCUUUUGCAAUAGAUCUGCUGUUAACAAAAACUCUUCUCCGUUCCACAUUCUUAUGAAAUCUAGUAUCUGGACUAGUUUCAAGGAGGUCAUAUCCUCGAUUCUAGAAAUUUUUCGUCCAAAGCUGGCUAGUAAUAGUGAGGAUUUCUGUAAGUAGUUCCGAGUUUCGUCUUCCCCACAGUAUAUACAAUCCCCAAUUUUUGAUAGACCUAGUUUCAUGAAGUGCUUUCUAAGGCGGCAAAAUUCUUUAUGAAAACCAGUCAAGAAGGUGUAGUAUAUUUCUUAAAUCUCAUAACAUCAAGUAAUUUUUUGGAGUGGUCCAGUUCGGGAAGCUUCAACCAGAUUCUUUCUUCUUUUGGAAAUUUUAUUGUAAAUAAAAAGCUUUUGCUUUCUUUUAUUGUCUUCGUUAUCUUCAACUUCUUAAUCAAGUCGAAAAGACCGUGCUUAAGUUAUUUCUAAGGCACUCCUAGGUCAGUUUUGAAUUGAUAUGUGGGAGCUCGUUGCUUUGGUAGCAUCCUGGCCAUUAGUAUCGAUUCUAAUAUUUUAUCAAUCAAUUGUAUAGGGAUUUAGUUUGGACAAUAUGCAUCAAGAACUUUUAGCUAACCAGUGUUAUUGUUAGUGUUGGUGUGAUAAGCACCAAAGGAUCCAGAAAUUCUAGCUUAUAAAUUUGUGGUUUAAAACAAAUCUCGUUGUACAUCAUAAAUAAAUAACACAACAUAACAUUACCAAACUUCAUAUAUUUGAAUAUUUUAAGGAUCAGACAACACUGUAAGUUCGUUAAGAUAUAAAUUAAAGUAAAAACAUUUUUCAAUUCAAUUGAUUGUCAAUUAUUUAAUGAAAUAAAAGAUAUACAGUGAAAUUUUAUGAUGUAUGUCGAGAAAUAAAUCGGAGUUAAUUUGGGUUAACUAUCGAUAUUUAUUUUUACAUAUUAAUAAUUUUGUUGAUCUCUAAGUAUACAGUAAUGGGAACAAUUUCAUUAUGUUGAAUGUAGAGGUAAAGAGAAUCGUCUUGAAUGGGGGGAAAGCUGAAAAAGUGUACAUAUGUAAACAGCAAAUUAUUGUUCGUACUCACCAAAAUAGCGUUUGUGUAACAAAUGGAAAUGAUGUUUGUUCUUGGUAGCGACACUGGCAGAACUAGUUCAGGAAAUGUACACUAAAGCGUUCUUUGUAGCAAAAUCAGCGUUAUUGUCGCUGUUCUUAGUAGCAGUGCAAGAGAAUUAGUUCACCCAGUUCACUGUACUGCUUGCACUGGGUCUAGAGUCAAUUCAGCCAGUCCAGUGCAAUAAGUGUAAUCUGGAAACGGUGGCAUUACAUCUUCGUCAUCGAAUGAAUGUAAAAUCGUUUUCCAUUAUUGUAAAUACUACAAGGCAUGUAUCACAUGAAAUAACCUCAAAUACAACAAUCAAAAAAUGCUCCAUUGCCCUCUGCACUAUAUCGUUUUUUGUAUCCGACCGAACUAAUUCUAUACACUCAUAAACUGGUCUGCACUGGUCCAGUUCAGUAGACUUCCAGUGCAGCUACCAAGAACAAACCUAUGAAUUUAGCAGUUAUCAACAAAGAGAAAGGUGUUGGAUUGAACAAUUUAACAUAUUUAAAAACACUAACACUUAACAAUUAUAUUGUUGACUUUAUUGUGGUUAAUAUAAAUAUGACAAUAUUUUGAAUAAUGGUAUCAGUGAAAAGUUGUACAGCUGAACGAAAAUUGAAAAGUAAAGGAUUUUAUGUCUCAACCUUUUCGACCAACAGUAUGUAUAACACUCGAAAAAUACUUUAUUAUCAUGCUUUAAUAAUUUCUUGCGCUGUUUCUAAAAUCUUUCCACUUGCUACUAAAGCGCCACCUUAAUUUGUUCCCUUUUAACAGACACUUUUUGAUUCAAUGAGAUGGUUCUCCUUACCUCUACCAUACAUAAAUUUCAUCAUUAAUCUUGUUUUGUCACUCAUCUACAACUUUUCUAUUUAAAUAUACAAAAUUGUUAAUGUUCUACUUUCAUGUGAUAUUAACUGUAGUUUUUAUUUCAACUGCCUAAAAUGUAUAAAUGUUAUAUUUUGACUUAUUUAUUGUUUUAUAUUAAAAAUAUUCUAUUA